AUGUCGCGAGGGGCCGGGCCGGCGCCGGGGCCGCCCCGGACGUGGCGCCGCGCGGCCAUGGCGGCGCCCAGCCGCCGCGUCCUGUGGCCGCCGCUGCUGCUGCUGCUGCUGGGCCUGGCGGCGCUCGUGCACCCGCCGCCAACGGCUGCCCAACGGCCGCCAACGGCCGCUGCCUUCCGUGCGGGCCACGGCGCUGCCGCGCUGCCCGCCACCGCUGCUGCGCCACGCACCCGAUACCUUUUGUAUGACGUAAAUCCUCCCGAAGGGUUCAACCUUCGCAGAGAUGUCUAUAUUCGCAUUGUGUCGCUGCUGAAGACCUUGCUGAAAAGUGAAAAUUGGGUGUUAGUUCUGCCUCCUUGGGGACGACUUUAUCACUGGCAGAGUCCUGACAUCCUUCAGGUCCGAAUCCCCUGGUCUGCGUUUUUUGAUCUCCCAAGCCUCAAUAAAAACAUCCCCGUCAUUGAAUAUGAGCAGUUCAUUGCAGAGUCAGGCGGGCCCUUUAUUGAACAGGUAUAUGUCCUACAAGGCUACGCAGAAGGAUGGAAAGAAGGAACAUGGGAAGAGAAAAUAGAUGAAAGGCCUUGCAUUGACCAGCUUAUGUAUUCCAAAGACAGACACGAAUACUACAGGGGAUGGUUCUGGGGUUAUGAGGAAACACGGGGCCUAAACGUCUCUUGUUUGUCUGUCCAAGGAUGUGCCUCUAUUGUGGCUCCCAUCCUUUUGAAGAACACUUCAGCCCAGUCAGUGAUGUUAGACAGAGCUGAAAACCUUCUUCAUGACCACUACGGAGGGAAAGAUUAUUGGAAUACCCGUCGGAGCAUGGUGUUUGCUAAACACCUCCGUGUGGUGGGAGAUGAGUUCAGAAACAAAUACCUUCAAUCCACAGAUGAAGCAGACAGGACUCAUUACAAUGAGGACUGGACACAGAUGAAGGUUAAGACAGGCACAGCUCUAGGUGGUCCAUACCUUGGAGUUCAUCUCAGAAGAAAAGACUUCAUCUGGGGUCACAGAGAAGACGUGCCUACCCUGCAAGGAGCGGUGAAGAAAAUCCGCAGCCUCUUGGACAUGCAUAAACUUGAAAAAGUUUUCCUGGCCACUGAUGCUGUUGAGGAGGAGGUUGAAUUGCUCAAGAAACUGCUGCCUGAGAUGGUGAGGUUUGAACCCACUUGGGAGGAGCUAGAACUCUACAAAGAUGGAGGGAUGGCUGUGAUUGACCAGUGGAUCUGUGCACAUGCAAGGUAUUUUAUAGGCACCUCAGUUUCAACAUUUUCCUUCCGGAUCCAUGAGGAAAGGGAGAUCUUGGGAUUUGAUCCAAAAACAACUUACAACCGAUUUUGUGGUGAGAAAGAAAAAACCUGUGAGCAGCCAACUCACUGGAAAAUUGUCUACUAAUAUGCAAAGAAAUUCAAGGACUUCAGUACUGGUGAGCGCAAAAGAAUAAAGAAAGACUACAGGGAGAUAUAUACCUUUGACCAAACUACAACUCAGUCCUCUCCCCUUUUCUCAGUGUUUAUCUGACAUUUGCGUUUUGAAGCACAAGCAAUAUUCAUCUUCUUAGCCAGGUACUGAGGGGACCAAAGAAAACGAAGACACCCUAGGAUUCACUUGUUGGCGUAACUAGGAUUACAGGACAAUCCUAGGCACUACAGUUGAGAACUGAAAAGCCAGACUUUGUCCUAAAACUGAGUAACAAAUGAAGUAAAUCAAGGUUUUCCUUUGAAGUUGUGGAGAAAAGGAAAAGAGUUUAACUUUUAUAACUGUAACACAGCUGUGGUCUGUAUAGCAUUUCUGUCUUUACCUGGUUAUUUUUUGUUCAGGUCAGCGCUUGCCUCUCUAUUCACAAAAUGUGUGGUUUGCUUUUGGUCCCUGCACUAUGUAAGCUGCAUAUUGUGCGUAAAGUCUGCAGUUCCCUGGGGAAAUCUUCCCUUUUUAGGCAGUAAUUGGUGAACAUUCAAACUGUCCAAUGCAAUCAGUGCUCAAUAAAAGAAGAGGAGGUGAUAUUUCUACAUGAGCACUGAGCUCUUCUAAUAAUAGUCUUAGUGGGACAGUCCAUGCUGAGAGAGGCACGAAGAUUGGGUUUGUAGGGUGGUGAAAGAAAGCUUAUGUUUCCUCUUAUGUUUUAUCUUAACAUAAGAAGCUUUUUCCCAUCUUCUUCCCAAGGAUCCAUUUCGUUGGACUAAUGGAAAUGUCAGUAUCCUUUUGGGGUAUUUUGCCACUCAAUUAAGUGAGUUCUUGGCAAUGAUGCUUGGCUAGAAAACAUGUUCAAAGGCCUUUCAAGCUUCCAUGUCAGUUAAACUGAUCAUCCUAGUAAAUCAGCAAAUGAAUUUUCCACAUUUAAAUUUUUACUUUUAACAAGGAAGCAAACCGAGGAAAAUGACAGAUAAGAGGUCUUCGGACCCUGAAAUAAUGUAUUUAAGCCUAGCAGAUGCUCCAUGUCCCGUUGCAGUCUCUCAUGGGGUCAGCUGGUCAGUGGUAUAUGGGAAGAACACUGUGCAGGUAAGUUCUACACUACCAGCAGAAGGGAAAGUGCAGUGCCUAUUAGAGAAAGGUUUUGUAAAUACCAGAUCUAGCUCUUACAGUCUCUUGCUAUUCAGAAUUUGCCUCUGGGCGGUAUUUGGCUCCAUUUGGUGCUUCAAAUGGGUCUUUUGCCUUGCAAAUCUACGUGGCUCUGUUAUCCAUGAGAAGCUUUUUCAGGAGUGAACUAGGAGAGACAUUUCAAGCAGACAUGUGAAGCAGCUAUUUCUCCUUCAGAUCAGUUUUACCAGAAUACCUUCCUGUUAGGGGUCCCUUUACUUGCUCUUUCCUCUUGUCUUGAGUAGGAAUAUAAAUAACCCACCUGCACUGUGCACUGUAUAUUUCAUAGAUGCUCCCAGACGAUGAGGUUGUUUCCUCCUGUGCAACUGCAGCAAAAGCUGUGAAGACACUUCAGACAGUGAGUAGUAUCAGCUCUCCUGUUCUUACCAGCUGCUUAUUUUAUCUCUGUAGAGCAAACGAGUCUCUCUCGUGCCGAAAUGGAGAGCCCAGCAUUUCAAAGCAGUGCCUUUUCCCACUGAGUCGGAUGUUCUCAUUUAGCCUGUGUGCCAUGUAAAGUGAGGAUGGCAUUUUACAUAUAAUGUAUACCUCAGUUCAUUAAGGAAAUAAAAAGCUUUGUAGCGUUUUA